AUGCCGUUCCUCCAGCCUGCUCCGUUGACUGAUGAUUCUACUGUUAUUGCAAAACGAAACUUGAUUGAUUAUUCCGAGAAAAUCUCCAUGGAAAAUGCCAGAAAUGGAUUGUCAAGUCGCCCGAUCCGUGUCUACGCUGAUGGAAUCUAUGAUAUGUUCCACUACGGUCAUGCCAAGCAGCUCUUGCAAAUCAAGCAAAUGUUUCCGAUGGUUUAUCUGAUUGUUGGCGUGUGCUCCGACGAAAACACUUUGAAAUUCAAAGGUCCGACUGUGCAAUCGGAAAACGAAAGAUACGAAUCUGUGAGACAAUGUAGAUAUGUGGAUGAGGUGCUCAAAGAUGCUCCUUGGGAAGUCAGCGUGGACUUUUUGGAAGAGAUGAAGAUCGACUUCAUAGCCCACGACGCUAUCCCAUAUCAAACUACUGAUGGAAAAGAUGUAUGCGGAGCACAAAGCUGCUGGAAGAUUUUUGGAGACUACGAGAACCGAGGGAGUGUCCACAAGUGAUUCGAUUUGCAAAAUCAUUCGAGAUCGUGAUGAGCUCGCAAGAAAUUAUAAUCUGGAAGCUGGAGUUUUUGCGCCUGGGAAGUUCCAAAAUUUCUUCGAAAAAGUUGUCAACCGUGUAUUUGGAAUAUAUUGACUCUUCUAUCAAACUUGAUCUUCUCAUUCUUUGA